AUUGUUAUGAAAAGAAGAAAAUGCUUAAUGAUACAUUUGUCCGUGCAGGGGUUUCCUUUCAUCUACCAGCAGACGCGCGACUGUUUAAACUUGCAGCAGACGCGCUCGUUGAUAUUCGCGCUGUGUCGCUGGAACGAGCCGCUCGCGCAGAAGAUCGUCAACAUGAUCUUCCAGGCGAUCGCCAAGCACGCUGAAAGCUGCAGUCCUUUUUUUAAGUUGCUAACGCUGCUGGUGGAGGGUAGCGGCGGCGGCGGUGGCGCGUCGGGCGGGCUGCCGUGCUUCACGCAGCUCGUGCUCGCGCGCCUGUGGGACGUCGCCGACGUGUGCCCGCACGCCGCACUCGAGUGGCUCGCGCUACAGGUCCCACGCAACAAGGCGGCGCACGCGUGGGCGUUGCGCACGGCGGAGCGGUGGGUGGAGAGCCAGCUGCUGGCGGCGGGCGCGGCGCGCGUGCGCGCGGCGGCGGCGCUGUUGCUGGUGGCGCUGGUGCCGAGCCAGCACUUCCGCGCCGGCUACGCGCGGGCGCGCCCGCACCCCGCCUCGCCGCACCACCUCGCCAAGCUGCCCGACACCGCGCACCACACGCUGCACCAGGUAUACACUAUGCUGUUGGGUAAACUGAAGGCGGCGCGCAAGUACACAGACAUCGCAGUGCACGGCACGAUGAAGCUCACCGCGUACUUCGGCGUCAUGUCGUAUUGCGUCGUUAGCCGGGUCGAGAAGUUAAUGUUUGGUCAAUACUUCAACGACCUGUGGGACCUGUACCACCCAUCGAUAUCGGAGCCGUCGGUGGCGGUGCACCCCAACAAGCAGGCGCUGCUCACGUUCUGGCACGCCGUGUCCGUCGACUGCCCCGAGAACGUGCAGCUCGCGUUAGCCAACCCGCGGCUCAUCAAACAUAUCGCCUUCAAUUAUAUACUCGCGGACCACGAGGACGGCGAGGUGGUGGCGUACAACCGCGCCAUGCUGCCGCCGUACUACGCGCUGCUGCGGCUGUGCUGCCGGCGCAGCGCGUCAUUCGCGCGCUCGCUCGCGCAGCACCAGAACGUGCACUGGGCCUUCCGCAACAUCGCGCCGCAUGCGCAUCUAUAUCCCGCAGCUGCUGACGAGCUGCUCAGAUUGGCUAGAGUGCUGGCCGCGCGUGGAGUGAGUAACAACGGCAACGGCAACGGUACGAAUAGCAGCAACAGUAACAGCAACAGCAGCAGCGCCGGCAAUAGCAACAGUAAUGGCACCAGCAGCGGCAGUGAGACGCCUGACGGCAAGGAGGCAGCCGCUUUCAGGCGGAGCACUCUCUCGGCGUACCUGCAGGGAUUAAACGGCAGGACCUGUUGGACUACACUCAUAUCCGCUUUCUGCACAUUGGUAGAAAACGAAGACGACAGGCUGUACGUCGUUUACAACGGCGGGCUACAGAUGACCUUUGAGGCACUGCAUAGCCUGCACGCGGUGUACGUGGAGGGCGGCGGCGGCGGCGGGGGCGGCGGCGCGGUGCGGGCCGAGCUGGCAGCGGCGCUACGCUGGGCGCGGGCGCUGUGCCGCACGCUGCGCACGCGCCGGGACGCCAAGGAGGCGCGCGCGCUGCUGCUCGCCUGCAAGGACUGGCCCGAGUGCGCGCGACGCCUGCUCGCCAUGCUCAACCUGCACCACCGGUUCAACCACCUGCGCGACGCCGCAUACGGUGUGCUGCGCGAGCUAGUGUUGAUCGGCGGCAGUGUGGCGCUGGGCGCGCUAGUGCCGCUGGCAGCGGGCGCGCGGGGCGGUGCGGGCGGGGCGGGCGGCGCGGCGGCGGGCCCGCGCACGUCGCCGCGCUCGCGCACACACACUUGUUGCCGCGUGGCGCGCACGCAGCGCUGCAUGUCGGAGCAGCUCGUGCUGCUGUCCGCGCUGUGUGCGCUGGAGGCGGUGCCGCUGCGGUUCAACUACUUCGCCGCAUUCUGGCGGGACGUGGCCAAUUCGCCGGCUGAUUCCAAGCUUGAAGAGAUGCUGUUGGAAUGCACAGUCGUUACCGAAUACAUGGACGCGAUUCUACUCGACGAGCGGGAGUCCCUGGAAGACCCUGCGAUAUAUGAGUUCAUGCAACAUUACUAUCCUAAGAUGGGUAAUGGCGCGCCGGGAGUGUCUGGCGUGGCGGGCGCGGCGGGCAGCGCGUGCGCGAUGGGCGCGACGGAGGCGCUGGCGGAGGAGGUGUGCGGCGCGGCGGCGCGCGCGCCCCUACGCUCGCUGCUGGGCGGCGCACGCGCACUGGCGCUAGUGGCGGGUCGCUCGCGCCUCUCGCCCUCCGCCGCGCGCCUCGCCCUCCGCGCCGCACACGCCGCGCAGCAGCGCCUGCACCACGUGUCCGAGGAGGACAACUCCGAACCGGAAGGCGGUGAGACGGUCUCAUGCGUUGCGGAGGUGGCGCGGUGCCACACGCCAGAAGGCAGCGAGGGCGAGGAAGCGGCGGAGGAGGCUGUAGCCUCCCCGGAGGACGAGCCCGAGGAGGAGGUGGCGCCGCGCACCGACUACCGCACGCACCUCGCGCACGUCAUACAGGCCCUGCUCAACACGGCGCAGCACCACGCUGCGGACGGGUAG